AUGAAUGAACCACUAUCAUCUCUAAUUAAGUUUCGUGUAAAUGAAGAGUUAAAAAACAGUAGCAAUAUUAGUUAUAGAAAAGAAAUUCAUAAACAUAUUUUAAAGUUUAUUUCAUAUAGUGUUGUAGAUCUUGAUAAACCCCGUUAUGACAAAUUUAAAGAUAAAUCAUAUAUAACAACUCUUAAGUGGGGCGGCGAUCCACUACCAGAUAAAAAUGAAUUUCCACCAUUUUUAACAAGUUUAUAUUUGUACGGUUUUUCUAAAGUGUUACCUCCAACAACUUUACCAAAUACAAUUACUACACUCACAUUUGGUAAUGAUUUUAACCAAGUAGUUCGACCCGGAACAUUACCAAAUAGUCUCACAACACUCAAAUUUGGUUAUGAUUUCAACCAAGUAGUUCUACCCGACUCAUUACCGAAUAGUAUCACAACACUCACAUUCGGUGAUGGUUAUAAUCAAGAAUUUCCACCCGGCUCAUUACCAAAUAGUCUCGCAACAUUCACAUUCAGUUAUGGUUUUAACCAAGUAGUUCGAGCCGACACAUUACCAAAUAAUCUCAAAACACUCACAUUCGGUCAUCGUUUUAACCAAGUAGUUCUACCAGGCUCAUUACCAAAUAGUCUCACAUCACUCAAAUUCGGUGAUGACUUUGACCAAGUAGUUACACCAGGCUCAUUACCAAAUAGUCUCACAUCACUCACAUUCGGUGAUGAUUUUGACCAAGUAGUUCUACCUGGCUCAUUACCAAAUAGUAUCACAAAACUCACAUUCGGUGAUGAUUAUAACCAAGAAUUUCCACCUGGCUCAUUACCAAAUAGUCUCACAACAUUCACAUUCAGUUAUGGUUUUAACCAAGUAGUUCUACCCGGCACAUUACCAAAUAAUAUCACAAUACUCACAUUCGGUAAUGAUUUUAACCAAGUAGUUCCCCCCGAUACAUUACCAAAUAGUCUUACAACACUCCAAUUCGGAACUAAAUUUAACCAAGUGUUUACACCCGGAACAUUACCAAAUAGUCUCACAAUACUCAAAUUUGGUGAUGAUUUUAACCAAGUAGUUAGACCCGGCACAUUACCAAAUAGUCUCACAUCACUUACAUUUGGUGAAGGUUUUAAUCGGUUAUUUCCACACGGUACAUUACCAAAUAGUCUCACGACACUCACAUUCGGUGUUGGUUUUAACCAGGUAGUUCUACGCAGCACAUUACCAAAUAGUCUCACAACACUCACACUCGAUGAUGACUUUGAACAAGUAGCUACACCCGGCUCAUUACCAAAUAGUCUCACAACACUCACAUUCGGUGAUUUAUUUGACCAAGUUGAUCUACCCGGCAUAUUACCAAAUAGUCUCACAACUCUCACAUUCGGUGAUGAUUUUAACCAAGCAGUUCUACCCGGCACAUUAUCAAAUAGUCUCACAACACUCAUAUUUGGAACUAAAUUUAACCAAUUUGUUCAACCCGGCACAUUUCCAAAUAGUCUAACAACACUCACAUUCGGUAAUUGUUUUAACCAAGUAGUUUCACCCGAUACAUUACCAAAUAGUCUCAUGACACUCACAUUCGGUAAUGAUUUUAACCAAGUGGUUCCACCCGGCACAAUACCAAAUAGUAUCAUAACACUCACAUUCGGUCAUCGUUUUAACCAAGUGGUUGUACCCGACUCAUUACCAAAUAGUCUCACAACACUCACAUUUGGUGAUGGUUUUAAUAAGCUAUUUCCUCACACCACAUUACCAAAUAGUCUCACAACACUCACUUUUGGUAAUGAUUUUAAUCAAGUAGUUCGACCCGGCACAUUACCAAAUAGUCUCACAACACUCACAUUCGGAACUAAAUUUAACAAAGAAGUUCCACCCGGCACAUUACCAAAUAGUCUCACAACACUCACGUUUGGUGAUUAUUUUGAUGAAAUAAUUCUACCAGGCAUAUUACCAAAUAGUCUCAAAACACUCACAUUUGGGAAUGAUUUUAACCAAGUAGUUCCACCAGGCACAUUACCAAAUAAUCUCACAACACUCAAAUUCGGUAAUGCUUUUAACCAAGUAGUUCGACCCGGCACAUUACCAAAUAAUCUCACAACACUCACAUUUGGUGAUGAUUUUAAUCAAUUGUUUCCACACGGCACAUUACCAAAUAGUCUCACAACACUCAAAUUCGGAACUAAAUUUAACAAAGAAGCUCCACCCGGCACAUUACCAAAUAGUCUCACAACACUCACGUUUGGUGAUUAUUUUGAUGAAAUAAUUCUACCAGGCAUAUUACCAAAUAGUCUCACAACACUCACAUUCGGUCGUGAUUUUAACGAAGUUAUUCUUCCUGGCAUAUUACCAAAUAGUCUCACAACACUCACAUUCGGUAUUUGUUUUAAUCAAGUAGUUCUACCCGGCACAUUACCAAAUAGUCUCACAACACUCACAUUCGGUAAUCAUUUUAACCAAGUAAUUUCUCCCAACACUUUACCAAAUAGUCUUACAACACUUACUUUCGGUUGUGAUUUUAACCAAAAAUUUCCACCCGGAACAUUACCAAAUAGUAUUACAACACUCACAUUCGGUAAUCAUUUUAACCAAGUAGUUAGACCCGGCACAUUACCAAAUAGUCUCACAAUACUCACAUUUGGUCAUCAUUUUAACCAUUUUCUAUCCGACACAUUACCAAAUAAUCUCACAACACUCACAUUCGGUAAUCAUUUUAACCAAGUAAUUCUACCCAACUCAUUUCCAAAUGGUCUCACUACACUCACAUUCGGUUGUAAAUUUAACCAAGUAAUUACACCUGACUUAUUACCAAAUGAUCUCACUACACCCACAUUCGAUUGUAGAUUUAACCAAGUAAUUACACCCGGUACAUCAAAAAAUUACACUAAAUCAAUCACAAUUUGUUAUUAUUUUAACCAAGUAGUUAUACCUCACUCAUUACCAAAUAGUCUCACAACACUCACAUUCGGUAAUGAUUUUAACCAAGUAGUUACCCCCGGCUCAUUACCAAAUAGUCUCACAACACUCACAUUUGGUGAUGCUUUUAACCAAGUAGUUACCCCCGGCUCAUUACCAAAUAGUCUUACAACACUCACAUUCGGUGAUGGUUUUAACCAAAUAGUUACCCCCAGCUCAUUACCAAAUAGUCUUACAACACUCACAUUUGGUCAUCGUUUUAACCAAGUAGUUCUACUCGGCACAUUACCCAAUAGUCUUACAACACUUACAUUCGGUAAUUGUUUUAACCAAGUAAUUCCACCAGGCACAUUACCAAAUAGUCUAACAACACUCAUAUUCGGGCAUGGUUACAUUGGAUAA